GUUUUAAGUGAACAAGGCAAUUUCGAAAAACGGAGACUUUUAGGUCAAUGUCGGCUCCACCGCGAGUUCGGUCUGUGGAUUCAUCCGAUCGAGAAUUCAGAUCAGUUCUUGGUCCUGCCGGUAAUAAGCUGCAGCAGAAACCGUUGUCAAAGCCGGUGGCUGAUAAAACCAAAAACCUAACCUUUACGAAGAAAAUGCCGCAAUGCUCGCCUCUAAGCCCUUCAAUUCUGAGACGAAACGGUAUCUCGAUGACCGCUUCGUAUUCUUCAGAUGCAUCGUCUUCGUGCGAGUCGUCGCCGUUAAGUGUGGCGUCGACUUCGAGCGGGAAGAGGGCUUUGCGGCGAAGUGGGUCACUUUCUUCUUCCUCUUCCCUGAGAAGAAAUCUGACGGAGGAGAGAGAUGAGAAGGCUAGUGAUUGCUUCUCUGACGGUCGUAAAAGAUGCGCUUGGAUCACGCCUAAAUCUGACCAAUGUUACAUUGCUUUCCAUGAUGAAGAAUGGGGAGUUCCUGUCCAUGACGACAAGAGACUAUUCGAGUUGUUAAGCUUGUCUGGUGCUCUUGCUGAACUAUCUUGGAAAGACAUUCUUUCCAAAAGACAAUUAUUCAGGGAAGUUUUCAUGGACUUUGAUCCAAUUGCAAUAUCUGAACUAACUAAUAAAAAGAUAACAUCCCCUGAGAUUGCUACCACUACGUUACUAUCAGAGCAAAAGCUACGGUCAAUCCUCGAGAAUGCUAACCAAGUUUGCAAGAUAAUAGUUGAAUUUGGAUCAUUUGACAAGUACAUUUGGAACUUCGUUAAUCAGAAACCUACUCAGAGCCAAUUCCGGUACCCACGCCAAGUCCCUGUGAAGACAUCCAAAGCUGAGUUGAUAAGCAAAGAUCUAGUACGCAGAGGCUUUCGCAGUGUCAGUCCAACGGUUAUUUACUCGUUCAUGCAAACAGCUGGUCUCACAAACGACCAUCUCACUUGCUGCUUCAGACACCAUGACUGCAUGACAAGAGACGAGACUGGUAAUUAAAGAAAAACCCAAGAGAGAAUAGUUUAACACUGUGCUGCUUAGGAUGAUGGUUUGCUGUUGUGCUGUGUUUAUCAUUUGUACAGAUGUUUUUGUUGUCAA